CUUUGCUAUUGUAUAUUGGACCAAUAAUCACUCAUGACUAUGAACACAUCAUACGAUCACAUUGUUGCAUGGAUUGUAUGUCAUAUUGACAAUUCUUCUUAUAUCCUUUUUUCAAGAAAUGCAAAGUAAUGAUGAACAUCAAAGUAAACAUUAAGCUGAUUAAGUGAUCCAAGCAGCAAGCUGUCUCCUCCAGUAGCAAUGGAAUGAUUGUGUGUUUCAUUUGCCAGACACUGAGUAAUGCACAUUACGACAUUACCAUUCUGCAAAGUAAAGCUGCCCGAGUUCAUUCAUUCUAGAUUUUUCACUUGAUAGUUAGCACAAAUUAAUCUUGCUGUUUUAAGUUAUAAUUCAAUAUUCACACCAAUACAUCAAUAUGCGUUCAUCAGCCAGCAUUUUCUGGCUUGAUAUUGCUCAGCGUGCUCUUCGAUCAGUAUCAGUAUUGAUCUCCUGCAAUAGUAUACCUUGUUUUUGGCCAAUAAGCUCUUUCAAUUUUACUUUUUCUUGCUGAUAAGUGAGCCAGACCAACUUGCGUUUAUCAACCAACAUUUCCUAAAUUCAACUUGAUAUUGCUCAGGGCUCAAGAGUCAGGACUCUGGAGUCUGGAGCCUUAGCCUCCUGGAUACUUGGAAUUGUUUUCAGUCAACAUGUUUCUUUAAUAUGAUAUAAUUCAAUCACAAGGGAUCCGAAACUUCCAACAAAACGACGUACACGAGUACGAAAACACCAGAUGAACUUGAAAAAGGCCUUGGAACGGAACCACGCGGUGCUCCAUUUGUUUGUUUACAAUAAUUGUAGUGCUGAUGUAUUGUUUUAUGACUCUAGCGGUCGGCUUAUAAAAAUGAAACAAUUUAACCAAAUCUAUUAGGCAAGUAAUAUUUUCCUGAGAGAACUGAAAUAUUUAAAAGCUAAACACUAUGAAAUACAGGAAUCGGAACGAAAAAGUAACCUAAAAAUCCAGCCUAAUCACCGGAUCCUAAAACUGCGACAAAAUCAGCACUUUUCCCCGCAACUCGUUGUCCAGACGUAAAUAUGCACGACGUACACGAGUACGAAAACACCAGAUGAACUUGAAAAAGGCCUUGGAACGGAACCACGCGGUGCUCCAUUUGUUUGUUUACAAUAAUUGUAGUGCUGAUGUAUUGUUUUAUGACUCUAGCGGUCGGCUUAUAAAAAUGAAACAAUUUAACCAAAUCUAUUAGGCAAGUAAUAUUUUCCUGAGAGAACUGAAAUAUUUAAAAGCUAAACACUAUGAAAUACAGGAAUCGGAACGAAAAAGUAACCUAAAAAUCCAGCCUAAUCACCGGAUCCUAAAACUGCGACAAAAUCAGCACUUUUCCCCGCAACUCGUUGUCCAGACGUAAAUAUGCCACCAUGAACUCAAAGGCGUAACUUUAUCUUUUGGAUCUUUUCAGUUAUCGACUCAUGGCAGUAAAAAUGAGUAAAUAAUGGAAAAAUGAUUUAUUUAGACCAAGCAUGCUGUUUCAAUUUCAAUGUGAUUGCAUUUUGUUCGAGAUCUUGAUUUAUGGGAUGGGUAAUGACGUCAUCAAAUAAUGACCCUUUUGCUACCAUAUCUGACCAAACAGUUUGUUAUUGUAAAUCGUUGUGAAUCAUGCUGGUGCUGUUACUGUGCUGCGCCAUUUUGGAUUGGGAGGCCUACAUGUGGUAAAGGGGGAAUUGGUUCGGGGAAGCGGCCGGGAAGGGACAAUGGAGAACUCCUAUGGCAUAGGAGUCACCAACAAGUAUUCCAUCUUUUUAGAAGAUGAGACGGAUCCGUUUGAAACAUUGGAAAAUGUGAAGAAAGAAAAAGAAGAGAAAAAGGCGAAGGUGCCCGGCAAGGAAAAUAAAAGUGCUAAAGCUUCUUCAGAGAAGGGCACCAAGAAGCCACCAGCAAAGGAAAAUGUCUCUAAAACAGAUCAACGCCAAGCGGCGUCAGGCGGCAGCGAGGCGGUGCGUGGCCGAGGCGGGCCACGACGGGGCGGCUCCGGCCCGCCCGGCGAGAGCCGCGAGGAGCGCAACAACCGGCGCAACUGGGACGACAGCCGGGCCGACAACGCCAGCCAAUCAAGGGACGUGAAGAAAACUGGAAACAGAGAGGGCGGCCCGCCGCGGUUCGGCGAGGGAGGAGAGCGGGGCCGUGGACGCGGUCGCGGCGGACCCGGUGGACGAGGCCGGGGCCGCGGCCGCGGAGGGUACCGCGAGUUCGACCGCCACUCGGGCAGCGACCGCAGCGGCGUGAGGGCGCACGACAAGCGCGACGGUUUCGGCCGCGGCAACUGGGGCACGGUGCAGGACGAGGUAGCUGCCACGCUGGAGGCGCCCGCCGAGCAGCCGGCCGAACCGGAGCCUACCUCCACCGGCUGGGGAGACGACCCGACCCCGGCCGCCGGCGCCGGCGCUGACUCGCAGUCCGCGCCGGCCGACGCCGCAGCCGAGGAGCCCGCCGAGCCGGCCGAGCCGGAGGGCCCGCAGGAGCUGACGCUCGACGAGUGGAAGCGCCAGCAGGAGCCCCGCUCCAAGCCGCAGUUCCAGCUGCGCCGCGCCGGCGAGGGCGAGAACACUGCCCAGUGGAAGAACAUGUACGAGCUGAAAAAGAAACGCGGCGAGGACGAGGAGAGUGACGACGAAGAGGAUGCCGAUGACGAGGAAGAGGAGGAAGAGGUCCGUCACGGACGACCCAAGCACUUCGUUAAGGACAUUGAGUUCACCUUCUCCGACGGCGGCCGGCGCGGCGGCGGACGGGGACGCGGGCGCGGCCGCGGCGGUUUCCGUGACGGCGAGGAGGGCGGAGGCUACCGUGGCGGCUACCGCGGAGGGCGCGGCGGUUUCCGUGACGGCGAGGAGGGCGGAGGCUACCGUGGCGGCUACCGCGGAGGGCGCGGCGGUUUCCGUGACGGCGAGGAGGGAGGAGGAAGCUACCGCGGCGGUUACCGCGGAGGGCGCGGCGGUUUCCGUGACGGCGAGGAGGGAGGAGGAAGCUACCGCGGCGGUUACCGCGGAGGGCGCGGCGGAUUCCGCGACGGCGACAACGAGGAGGGCGGCUACCGCGGAGGCCGUGGUGGCUACCGUGGAGGUCGCGGCGGCUACGGCGACAGCGAGGAGGGCGGCUACCGCGGCCGGGGCGGCUACCGCGGCGGCCGCGGAGGCUCCUGGGGCGGUCGUGGCCAGGAGUCGAGCGAUGACGGCGAGGAUCGCGGCUACCGUGGCUACGGCGGCUACCGCGGCGGCGGCGGCAGUGGCGGGUACCGCGGCCGCGGCCGUGCGGCCCCUCGGCAGCAACACGCUCCCAAAGUGGACGACGAGAAUGACUUCCCGUCGCUGGGCUAAAGCCCUCGCCACGCCGCUGCCGCCGCCGCCGUGAGCCGGCCGGCCGGGCCUCUGAAGCUGCAGGAGUUCUCCAUGGUCCCAACCUGGCACGUAGUCCGAACCGGCCCCCACCGGGCCCCGGUCCCAAUCGAAUAACGAGAGGAAGACGGAGUGAGUGAGAGACGGUGUGCAGAGCGAGUGAGCGCCAGCCGCGGUCGGUGUGAGUGAGAGUGAGAGUGUCGGUGAGCGGGGUGCGGGCGGCGCCGUUCCGCCGAGCCGUGUCGGCUCCGCGGGAUACGGGCCGCCCAGCACCGAUACACAUGAUGGUCUCAUUGUACGCGGAGGUGGGAACAGUUACAAAAAUCCACGGCAAUAACCGGUCCUCCCGCCGUCCCGCUCGCCAGUCUUCGCAAACAAACUGGAGCCAACGCAUUACCGGUAGGGCCCGGUAGAAGUUCCCGCCCCUGCCGCUCGUUACGGUAGGAUUCGGUAGAAGUUCCCGACCCUGUCGCUCGUUAGCUGCUGCUAGUCUGAAGGCCUUUUCUAGAGGGAUAGUUGUGUGCGGAGUCGGAGGACUGAUUUGCGACACGUUUUCGGGACUGAUGCCGCGCAUUUCUGUGACUGCUCCCAGGUCAGGGGCGGCAGGGAUUGCUCGCCGCUCGGGCGGAUUUUGAGCGUAUCGGGUCGCAUCAGGUCGCGUUUGUUGGCUGAGGCCGUGACGUUGUGAACUAACGUCUGCCAGUGGAGGCCAUUUUUCGUCUUUCUGUGCGUGGGACGUGCGGCGCGGGCCUGUCGCUCCACCACCACCACGACUUUGUCCCACGGCAGAGCGCGCCCGCUGGUCUGAUUGUGUUGGCGUGCCUGGCUCGGUCGGGGGCCGAGACCGAGUUUUGUAUGGUGGAACAUGCAGCGUACAAUACAGUUCCAAACGAUA